ACUAUUACCACUUCCCAAUCUCACUCUGCUUCCGUUCUCACUUUCUCUCACACCUGAAAAGUGAAAACUCAUCAUCAUGUUCUCUCUCCAACAAUUCCUUCCACACACUUCCUCUAAACUGCUUGACCAUUCUCUUUCCUUAAAGCGCCACGGCCACCGCCGCUUCCACCGCCACUGCCCCACCACUCUCAGCAGUUCCCACCAAUCCGGACCCUCGCUUUGUGAUUCCAAAACUCAAGUGUCUCGUGUUCCGCUUUUGACUUCCACUCAGGCCUAUGAAAAGCUAAAAACAUUUAGAGAAAAUAUAAAGGGCAAGCAACAAUUCCUUGCCAUGUAUUCUAGUAUUUUUGGUGGGAUAACAACAGACCCAGCUGCUAUGGUUAUUCCUAUGGAUGACCACAUGGUCCACAGAGGCCACGGUGUCUUUGAUACUGCAGCAAUAAUGGAUGGAUACCUAUAUGAGCUAGAUCAACACCUUGAUCGCUUUUUAAGGUCAGCAUCCAUGUCUAAAAUAGAUCCCCCAUUUGAUCGAGGAAGCAUAAGAAGAAUACUCAUACAAACUGUAAGUGCUUCCAAGUGUAGAAAAGGAUCACUAAGAUAUUGGCUCUCGGCAGGACCUGGCGACUUUCAGUUAUCUCCCUCUUGUUGCCACCGAUCAAGUCUGUAUGCGAUAGUAAUACAGGAUCUGUCACCAUCCUCACCUAAUUUCAGGGGCGUUAAAGUUGUCACUUCAUCUAUUCCCAUUAAACACCCCAAGUUUGCUAUCACUAAGAGUGUGAACUAUCUUCCAAAUGUGCUCUCAAAGGUGGAAGCUGAAGAAGCUGGUGCUUUUGUAGGCAUUUGGCUUGAUGGUGAAGGUUUUGUUGCUGAAGGGCCUAAUAUGAAUGUGGCCUUUGUCACUAAAGAUAAGGAACUUAUAAUGCCACACUUUGACAAAAUUCUAAGUGGCUGCACAGCUAAGAGAGUUUUAACCCUUGCUGAGAGCUUGUUAAGGGAGGGUAAGCUUAAAGGGAUAAGGGUGAAAACUGUGACUGUCGAGGAAGGUAAGCAAGCAGAUGAAAUGAUGCUUCUUGGCAGCGGAGUUCUUGUUUGCCCUGUAGUGCAAUGGGAUGAGCAGGUUAUUGGUGAUGGCAAAGAAGGCCCUAUAACGCAGGCUCUCUUAAAUCUAAUUGUUGAGGACAUGAAAUCAGGUCCCUCCACUGUUCGUAUACCUGUUCCUUAUUGACACAACUUUAUUUCCUUCUCUUCAUUUUGUAAUGAAGAUUAAUCAGUAGUUGUGAUGCCCCUACUUCUACAGGGAGGAAUGACUAUUAAUAACUUCAUUGUCUAAUGGUUUUUAGAGCUUGUAGUGUUAUAAGAAACUCUAUUCCAUGGAGCUUAGUUUUCAAAUGUUUUUGUGGUCUCAUGAACUUUUUUUUUGAGACUUGCUAGUUGUUAGUGAAAAAUUUGACUCAUUCUUCUUUCCGUAUCUUAUGAAGGGACAACUUGCUGCUGCUAAUACGUGUGUACUUUGACUUUGUUGUUGGAAAUUUGUGAAGCAUGAGUUUAUGUACAA